AUGAAUCGCAUACUGGCCGACCCGGCGCUCGAAGUGCAGCCGAACUUCGAGUUCCCAGCAUACGCGGCUUGGCUCAAUGCUAUCAUCACAGGAGGACCUACCAGAGAGGCGGCCCUUGAGAAAAUGGCAGAGAGUUGGAGACUGGAGCACCAAGAACGUAUUGUUCUAUGGCAGCAGCAAUCUGACGAAGAUCUUCGAGUUCAGCGAGAACAAGAAGAACAAGAACGCACCGCAAAGGAAAUCGAAGCGGCCGAAGAACAACGGGAAGCAGAGAAGAAGAAGCCAAAAAUCAACGACUUCGAUGCUGAAGCCGUCGUGGCAGAUGUUCUCAUUCCUCGCCCUUCGCAGUAUGCGCUGCAGAAGAUCAAGAGCAUGGAGUAUGUUGAGCUGUGGUACUUUAGUCCAGAAGGGUGCCGGGAAGCGUUAGACAGUUGUAGAUCCACGGCUGAGGAUUCCUUUGGCCUGGCAAAGGUUGAUGGGUACGUCGCGUUCAAGCCGAUGGCAUCAUUCAAGGCAUCGCAGAAAGCAUUACAAGACCAUGACCUUUCUUGGCAUCAAUUCGACAUGGCAAAGACGAGCUUCCUUAUCCAUAUUGACAAAUGCGGCUGGCCAGACAAGCACCAGCAAGCCUUAGCGCUUUUCUUCACUCUCAUUACCAACCACGAGCAUCAAAUGCGCACUCGCGGCGAGAAGACCUUACUUCGUUAUGCAGGGUUCGUCAGACGGGAAUGGCAUGACCGUCUGUCUCAGAACCAAGGCUUCAACAUCGGGAUUUUCAACAGCGCUCUAUACAACACCCUCUCGGAUGACGUCUGGGAAGCAGAACGUGAUGAGAGCAUUAAAUUGGUAUAUCCUCCUGCAAAGUCAUCAUUCCGUGACUAA